AUGCAGGUGUCAACUAGGGGCCUAUCAGGGGCCAAUUAUCAUUCUUCGGGUCAGCAUGGGGGCUACACCACUUCAUCAGCUUCUGUUCAGCGACCUACGCUGGACCGUUCUUGUUACGAGUGUGGUGAGCUAGGGCAUAUUAAGAGGUUUUGCCCCAGACUCAGACAGGGUGGUCAGGGGACUCAGUAUCAGGCUCCCCGAGCUCCAUUCGCACCAGAUAGGGGAGGCAAGGACCGUGUACAGGCAGGGCGGGGCGGCCACACCGCGGGUAGGGUGGCGCUCGGCCCUAACAGGGGAUCUCGGCUAGGUAGAGGUAGACAGCAGCUCGGUAGGGGCGGGGCUCAGACUGGACAGGGUAAUCGCAAUGGUUCACAGGCUACAGGAGGGCGCGGUCACUUGUACACCUUCCCAGGUAGACCCGAGGCUGAGGCCUCCGAUGCCGUCAUCACAGGGUAUCACCAGUUAAAGAUUCAGGCAGAAGAUGUUCCUAAGACGACCUUCAAGACCAG